AUGCAGGCUCAUCUCUCAGGCGCCGGGAAAUCCGCCCGCCCCACCAAGCACCCCCGCGAAGACGCGUCGAGCGCAAACCCCAGCGGUAUCCCAGGGCCACCCUCGGAGCCAGUCUCGUCCGCGCAGUCACAAGACCCCGCCCCAGCGGCGCCUGUGCCCGUGUCCCGCGAGUUGCGAGCCCUGGGCCCUGCUCCUGCGGGGGCUCCCGCCCCGGCGGGCCCUUCGCUGCUCUCGCGGCUGUCGGCGCCCGUGCCGGCAGCGUCUGGCUCUGCAUCUGCAUCUGCGUCUGAUUUCUCUGCGCCCGGUCCCCCCGCGCACGGCAAUGAGCCCGCCCGGACGCGGGUUGCGGGCGGCGCAAGUCUGGCCGCGCGUGGCGGGCGCGAGGCCGCUGCUCCCGCGGUCCCGCGGCCGUUUGGUGGGGACGACGCGUUCCGGGACGGCGCUGGCGCGGCCUGCGCCGUCGUUCAACCUUCGCGAACUCCAACCACCGCACAGCCCCCUCGCCCCACCGUCGCUCGCGGCGGCGGCCCCGCGGAGGCGAGCACGGGUGCAGACGUCGAAGUGGACAACACGAACGCGAAUGGGGCCGGCACGCGGCGCACACGCGACGCGGAGCGGGCAGCUCUGCCAAUGCCGUCGACGUCAGGUCAGUCCCUCCCCCUUCCCCCGUGCUUCCCUGGAGGUUUCGCGCCCCAUACAGGCCCCGCAGCGGCAUCAGCAGCGUCACGCCUCCGGCUCGCGCAGAAGCUCGAGCUCGAGAAGCGCAGGCUGAUGCGGGCCCCCGCCGCUCCCACCGCUGAGAACGCGCACCCCGGCGGAGGCUCGCGCUCGACGGACGAGGAGGCUACCGACGCGGCGGCGCGCGGGGACGCCGCCGACGCCCCGGCGCCCGAGGCCGCCGCGACGUCGAGCCCGGGGGCAGUCGCAGUCGCGGCGGCGGCGCGCAGGGAAGCUGAGCUCCGGGGCCAGGCACUGCUCCGCGUCCGCCUCGCGGCCGCGAAGAGAGCAGCGGCAGCAGCCGCGCUAGAAGGCGGGACCGUGUCCGAGACGGAGGGCGCGGUGGGGGGACGGGCAGGCACAGGGCGCGGGCGUGUGCCGCCGUCGGGCGAGGGUGGAUUUAACAAUGGGAGCGGGAACGCAGAGGGCGGGUUUGGGGCGCACGGCGCGCGUGAGAGCGCGCUGAAGAGCAGGCUGCGGGCGCGCGCGGGGAGAAAAGGGUAA